AAUAUAAUACAUACGUUACAGUUAUCACCGGAGUCACCUGUAAGCAUGUGUAUUGGGAAGAAAAAAAGAAGCAGCCAUGAAAUGAUGCAACAAAAUCUCAAAAAAUGUUAAAAGGAUAAUAAUAUAAAUAAGGUUAUGAAUGAUGUUGAAUUAUCGUGGAGCCUUUCUAUCAAAGAAGAUUAAUUGGCAGACGUACAAUUCAGUUACAUCGUUCGCACUAUAUUCUCGAAAAAGCAACACCAACCAAGGUGAUGGAUUUAAAAUAGUAGAAAGGAAAGGAGCAGAAUCAAGGGAUGAGGUGACAAACUCAAGUCUGGGACUGAACGCUAACUGGGAACUCUUAACACCUCAGGGUUUCCGGUUCUUCCUCCCGGGCAACACAGGCCCUGCAUGGCAAGAUGUGCAUUCAUCGGCCAACAUCUCAAGUCAGGGACAUUUAGAGGAUGGCUCUCCUUUAGAUUGUACAGUUCGUGAAUGUCCAAUACUGCUUAGACAAGGAGUGUAUGAGCUAUUCCCCGGCACCGAAGGGCUCGGCUCGCUAACAAUAGUGACACUAGCACAGCACGCACGGGCCCGUGUGACUGGUGACCUCGAGACGGAACGACUGACCAAGCAGUUUGUGCUGGCUGCACAAGAUAUCUGCAGCAAACUCAAGCUAGCUGGCUUCUGGGCGGACUUCAUCAACCCGUUCUCUGGCCUACCAUACAUCUCUGCAGGCGCACAGCAGAGCGGACGUCUCUACCAAACUGACGAGCGCUUCCGAUGUCUGGGAUUCCACAUCUUCGAGAAGAACCAGUGUAAAGUAAUCGCUGAUAGAUCGUCCCGUCGUUUUCUUGGGAGCUUGUUUACCAAUGCCCCUCCUAGCACAAUUCUACUCAAGAAAAUUCUACAACAGUAUGAAGAUUAAUCCUUUUAGGAUUCCAACUCUUCUAGUGAAAUUUACCUGCUCAUUUUGAAUCUUUUUGUUGAAGUUGUGAUGAAAUUUAUAUUUAUUUUAUGACAGUU